AUGGCGAAGAUUAAAGUAAGAAAAAAACAAAAACAUACUGGCACAUUUGAAGAAAAUUUAAAAAAUGUUGUAGUCUCAAAAAAUGGGAUAUUAAAAAAACAAAAAAAAAAGAAAAAGAAAUUAAUAGAAAAACAUAAAAAAAAAAACACAUUAAAUAAAAUAAUUAAAUUAGCAAAUAUAACAAAUGAAAAUGAUUAUUCAGAUUAUGAUGAUGAUGAUCUAAUCGAUUUCAACAAUUCCCAAGAAGAUAAAUUUUUAGAAUUUAAUGACGACAUAGACGAUGAAGUUAUAGAUGAUACAAAUUUUUAUGAUGGCAAUGAAAUAAAUUCAAAUCAAAAUUAUAUGACUAAUGGCUAUGAAGAACCAAAUGAUAUAUUAGAAGAUCUAAACAUAAAAAUCAAUAAAAAUGGUUAUAAAGGUCAAGGGCAAUUUGGAGAUUUUCCAAAUAAUAAAAUGACUGAUUUUGAUAAGCCUCCUGAACAGAAAACGAAGAUAGAUUCAAUGGUUGAAAAAUGCUAUAGGGUUGUAGGAGAAAAUUUAGCAAUUUACAAAAAAGGGAAAUUACAUCAAGCCCUUACAAUAUUAGUAAAAUCACCAAAAUGGUAUGAAUUACUUUUAUUAACAUCCCCAAAAAAAUGGACAACCCAAGCAGUUUUUGAAGUAACCAAAUUAUUUUCAUCUGGUUUAAAAGAAAAAGAUGUAUGCAUAUAUUAUAGGCAUAUUUUAUUACCCAUCAUAUUAGAAAAUAUUGAACUAAAUAAAAAGCUUGAUGGCUUUUUAUAUAAAACACUAAUAAAAUCUUUAUAUAAAUCAAAAGCAUGGUUUAAAGGCCUUUUAUACCCAGUUUUGUUACAAGAUUCUACAAAAAAACAAAUUAUAAUAUUUGGAAGUGUGAUUCAAAAAAUGAGUAUAUCAAUAAAUGUUGUGACUUGCUGUCUUAACGACAUUUUUAAAUUCCCAUGGAAUGCUCAUAUUUCACAUAUAUUAACAAUUUUUUUUAAUAAAAAAUAUGCAUUCUCUAAAGAAUUUAUUGAAAAGUCGGUUGAUUAUUUUUUAAUGUUUGAAAAUUAUCCUAAUACAUUAACAAUAAACUGGCACAAAUCAUUGCUAACCCUAAUCCAGAAUUAUAGAGGCUUAAUAAAUGAUGAGCAAAUAGGAAAAUUGAAAAUAUUGCUAAAAAAGAAAAACCACCACCAAAUAACAAACGAAAUAUUAAAGCAUAUUUAUUCACCCUCAUGUUUCAUUAACCAAAUUAGCAACUUAAAUAUGGAUACUGGAAUAAAUGCUUAG